GGCAGGCCGACAGCAUGCGCUCCGCCGUCGCCGUGUUGCUCUUGGUGGCGCUGGCCUCGGGCCGGCCGCAGUUCGGCGGCUUCAGCCGCUUCCCGCCGCAACAGUUCCACCGGCCGCCGAGCCACGCCACCGGCGGGGCCUCGAGCAACAUCGUGUCAGGGGUCAGCACCGGGCCGCACCAGGGAGCCAGCAUCACCCAGCUGAGCGCGUCGGCAGGCGGCACGGCCAGCGGCAACGCCGUGAGCUCCAACUCCGCCAGCGCCACCAACCUGGCCGGAAGCGGCAUCUUUGGCCAGCAGCAGUUCUCCAAUACCAAUGCCAACUCCAACCAGCAGACGUUUAACGGCUUCGACUUCGGGAAAUAGGGCGCGUCAGGCGGCUUCGGCUUCGAAGGAUGAGGCCGGUUUGGCUGCCUUGGCUCCGCGUGGCUGGGAGAAGCGGCCCUGGCGCUACUCUCGUGGGUGGUGAUCCCAUAUCGCUGGAGAGCUCUGUGCUCAGGGUUAGGGGACCUCUGCUCUGCAUCAUGUGACCGCGUACUGGAACAGUCUGACCGUGAGUGCUGGAUCAGUUUUGUCGUGUUUUCGGCGACCUAUGGUCGACAUGCCGCUGCAAUGAACUGCGGUAUAGUGAUACAAAUUCUCAGGAAUAAACGCAUGUCUGCAUUA